GGGUACAAAUCAAAGACUUUGUGAAGACAAAUUCUGUCUUUACAUCUACACAGUAAUAAUGAUGGACUGACAUAGUCACAGAGUUAUUCAUUUGACAUGAGUUGUUUGUUUAUUAUUAUUUUAUUUUAUUACACCCGCGACCCUAGUGUGGAUAAGCGGUAAAGAAAAUUGAUGGAUUAUUCAUAUUAUUAUUAUUAUAUUAACAAUUUAUUUUUGUAACAUCAUAAUGUAUAGUUUAUUUUAUCAUUUGUUUUAUUUUUUAACUGCCCAAGAGGUGUUUAUUUUCUAAUAGGAUUAUUCAUAUAUAUAUUUGUAUUACUACAUUUUAGUAUCAUUAGAUUUUUUUAUUUAGUUGUUUGUAAUGUAUUUUAUUACUUUCACUCUUGGUAAACGUUUUUUUUUUUACAGCGGCAAAGAGGUCGUUUUUUUUUUUCAUUCGUUUCUAUUUCAUCGUUCACCAUUUAUUCUUGCACGCUCAGCGAUGUAUGAAUAGAACAAAUAAAAUGAGCAUUUUAGAUUUCAUAUGAUUCAGUCAUAUGUUUGCCAGAGAGGCACUGUAUAAAUUUACUUAUCUGAUUAGUGUUUUAUAUUAUUGUAUUAUUAUUUCUAAAAACAAAUGCGUGGUUUGCAGUUUUAUUUUCCAAGUAUUUAUUUUGUUUACCAACAUGAUUUGUUUCGUAUUUCUUAUAUUUAUGUGCCAGAAAUGUAGUAACUUACCAAUAGCACUCUUCUCUACUGACAUGCUUUUUUUUCGUAUUCAUUUAUUUAUUUUUAAAAUCAUUUAUUCGCACGGUCAGAGAGGUAUUGAUUCAACCUCGUUUAUGAUAGUAGUGUAUAAUAAGUGCACUGAAAUUAGAUGGUGUCUGUGCCUCAGUGUAGUUAUGAGUCAGAAUGUUGACAGUCAGUGGAAAGAAGGGUGAAGGAGGUGUCGGCAAUGCAAGAAGUUCCAGUGAAGAACCUGGCUGAUGAUUGUCCUUUUUUUCUGAAUGAGUAAGCAGUGAGUUUUAUACAGACUUCCAAUGAAGUCCUUCAAUGAUGGACUGACUUGGCCUAAUAUUAGUGAUCUACUUAUCUUUCAACGCGGGCAGCGAAGUCGAGCUGAACUGCAGCAGCUCGUCAUGGAGAAAUUUGAUGUACAUCAUCUGGAGCGUGGACCUGGUGGGACAAAAACAGUGUAAGGUGGGCAGCAGCAGCCAGAUCGCAGGCGGAGGGUUGGACACCUGCGGAGACGGCAAGUCGCUGCGCAACGCCUCGGAGGCCUGCUACUACCUGCACAUCCCCGACUUCUCCGAGCGCGACGUGGGCUUGUACAAGUGCGAAAUGGCUUUCGUUGGAGGAACCCGGACUUGUAACAUCAGCGUGUCAAUCACAGUUCCUCCCCGUAUCUCCUCCUGGUUGGAAUCGAGGGACGACAACAGCACGGUGGCCGUGUGCAAAGCCGAGGGAGGAAAGCCGGCCGCCGCCGUCACGUGGCGCCACGCCGGGAACUCGUCUUCCGUGGAGACGCAGCGGAGUUCCGGUGGACUGUUCUCCGUGGAAAGCCGCCUAAAACUACCCGAGGGCACCAAGAACGCUGAGAACGUGACGUGCGUCAUCAAGCAUCCGUUCUGGCGAGCGGAGAAGAUGUUGGUACCAAAGCACGGAAAAGGUUUUCCUUACACCACGGUGUUCAUUCUUAUAGUUUUCGCAGUCCCAAUGGUUCUGGCUGCAUUAUUCUUUAUAUAUCAGAAGCAAAUCAUGCUCAGACGCUGCCCACUCGCCGACUGCUCUCCAUCCGUAUCAGAGCCUAAAGAGGAUGUAGAGGAAGUGGAGCCUUAUGCCAGCUACGUUCAACGUGUCAACUCCAUCUAUAACUCAUGAUGUGGAGGAAACAAACAAACAAAAACGCAGCACUUGCCCAGUGCGUGAAGCCCAAUACUCUUGUGCUAUGUUAACAACUAGAAAUGCAGUUGGGUAAAAGCACAUCAUGCUUUUACUAUAGAAUACAUUGGAUGCGGUUAUGUUUGACAUAAAGUACACGGUAUGGAACAUUUCUAUUCUGUCCUAAACUGUAUGUUUAGACACACUUUAGGUUGGUUGACAACACUAAAACGUUUGUACAGGGUGUUUGGAAAGCCACUGCGCACUUUGGAUAACAGUGUUCUUUAAUUGAAACACUUCUGUUAAUAAAAAAAAUGUAUCCUGUAUUUGUAGGAACUUUCCAAACACUAAGUUUUGCAGGUGCAGCCAAUGUAUUGCGACAUUAUAGAAAGAAGCGAAAAUUUGAUUUUUGUCACAAGAUACAUCAGCACGCCACCUGCACUUCCUGUUUUCAGCAAGUGCAAAGUCACUGUGCGUAUGUGUGAAGAAAUCAUCGGCAAGUCCACUUUCCUUUGACUCAUCAACUUUUGUCUUGCUUGCUAAGGCCUGGAGGUAAACCACAGUCAAUGCUGUCUUCCAUCCGUCCAUCCAUCCAUCCAUCCAUCCAGCUAAAGUAGCGAGCCAUCUAUCUUUUUUCCCCCACCAGACGGCGCUGUUAAAAAGCACUGAUCUUCUUCAGAGUCUUUUGGAAAAGACUAUAAAGCCUUCUGUAUUAAUGGUCUCAGGCAUACGCACAACAUGAACCAAUUAUAGCCCACAUUGGUUCUUAUUAAUAUUUGUUUGAUGACAAAGGAUUAGUGAGGACAAAGCAAGCAAAUGUGCGCACAUCGGGCUCACAUGGACAUCACAGAGGCAGACAUCAUGUUUUUUUUUUUUAUCAGUGCAUUCAUUGGCUGAGAAUAGAGAAAGUCAUCAAUAUACAUGAGCGCUCCCAUAUGUUGAAUGUGAAGUAUGCACUGCAUGUGUGCAAAAAAACUGUGAGCUUUCCGAAUAAAAUUGUUCCGAACAGAGUCAA